UUGCGUGAGGGAAAGGGGCACGCCGGAAAUGCAUGUAGUUCCGAUGGGUAGUUGGUCGUUGACUAAUGCUUUUAUUUCCUACUCGGAUAAUUUGUUCUCCCUGUUCCAAGAACUGGUUUAUGAAAGACACUUUCUACUAGCCAGACAUUAAGAUUUCAUUAAAAGUUUAUAUAGGUAUCAACAUUUUAGUACUUGUACAACCAUGAAUGAGUUCAGUUCCCCAUGCACUGAUGAACCCUUGGUAGCCAACCCUCGUGUUCAUGUUGAGGGCCGUGAGUACUAUGAGCGCAAUCACAAAUCUUCAGACUGGUUUGGCCAUGACAACAGUGUGACCAGCGACCCAAAACCAGAGGCUCGUCUGCGCAGUGAUGCAGCUAAGGAGAAUGCAUUGAAAAACCGUGGCUGCAUGAAUGAAAACAUGCAAGGCUAUGCCAACCCUCCCUUGGUCAGAAACAUUCACCCUCGAGGUGUAAAGGGAGAUGCCAAAGACAUAGCUGAAGGCAACAAGGGUGAUGGAAUGAAGAAUCUCAUUGAGAAUUAUGGAAAUUUGGAGGUUUCUGCUAGACCAAACCCAAAAGUUAAAGGUGCUGAUGCAGAAGAAUAUCUCCAAAGGCAACAUGGGUCAACGAAAGUCUUAUUAGAUCACUACAGCACAGAUCCAAUCCCAGCAUCAGAGUUGCCACCCAAGCCACGACUUGGCAUUGGAGCUGAAGAGAUUGCUGAAAAACACAAAGGAGAGAAAAUGGGUCCUUUGAUGCGAUUAGAAGGUACAAAAACUCCAAGAGAACCAAAGCAGGGGCGUUUGCAUCAGCAGUCUGUGGGCAGUGGCUGGGAUGAAAUUCCUCCACAGAACAGGAUGCGCCCAGAAGGUGAAAAUAUUGCCCAGAAAAACAGCGCUGACUCUAUCAACGACCUAUUCCGCAAUAACCAUGUGGAGCCUUCAAAGAAGACCCCAACCAAGGUGUUGCAACAUAUGACAGAGUCAGGCACUCCUCGUAAAACACCACCUAGCCGAGUACGCCUGGAUGGUGUGCGCAACAUGGAGAGAGCCAGAAACCAGGAUGAAAUGUCAGCUAUCAUGCACGGCAGUCCAACCCAGCAGGUCAGACCAGACAGUGGCAAGAAACACUUACCCCACAUGCAGAGGUCUGAGCUGUGGUAGAUCAUCACUUACAUUCACAGCUGUUUAUUAGAUCAUCAUUUACCAGCUGUGGUAGAUCACAUUCACUAGCUGUCAUUUAAAUUCAUGUUGAGCUAGUACUUUGAGUUAUGUCUGGUGAAAGUUGUCUACUCCUUAUAUACCACAGUUUUAUAUUAUUUAACCUUUAGAAACUAUCUUAGACCUCAAUUAGAUAAAUACUAUUAGAGCAAUUAUUAUCUUUAUCACUUAAAAUAACAGUGAUACAUUUAUAAUGACCCACUGGCUGUGGUUGAACUAAAAAUGUAGAUUUCUGAUUUGUAUUUUGUUCAAAGUCAAUGCCUAAGCAAAUCCUUGCCCUUUGGUUCCAAAACAUUCCUUCUUGUUACAUGCCAAAGACUUUUGUUUUUCUUAUCUCUGUGUGUGAAUGUGUGUUGUAUUUUUUUGAGUGCAGUUUUAAAAGUUAGUGCUAUCUACAGCUUGAUAUCUUGUUCAUGUUUCAAAAUCAUUAAGUUCUGUUUAAUAAAGUGAGAAGAUAUAUGAUUUUGAUCAUUUUAAAAAUCAAACGACUGAAAUUAAUAUUGUUUUUUUUUUUACAACAUAUAUAUAUAUAUAUAUAUAUAUAUAUAUAUUUUAUAGUAACAAUAGACCUAUUUAUUCUUUCCAUAUAGUUAAUUAUUAGUGGUAGCAACAAGAAGUCUUGUAUGUGUUUGAACCUGUUAUUACUGAACCAAUACCAUUACAUACACAAAUAACCUUUCACUGUGCUUGUAAAUUGGUGACUUUUAUGUUUGUUGCUCUCCCAACAGGAAGUCUUGUUUUAUACUCAUUGCAAACGCAAUCUAUGCAUUAAGACAACCAUGUCUUGUAUUAAUAUGUCUGGGUGUGAAUGUAAACAUGGCAGGUUUGGUAAUUGAACUUCUUAUUUUGAUAUGUAUCAAUAUAAGUAGUCUGUUAAAACUUGAACUUUGUAUGUUGGUUGUGGAAUGACUUAAAUAUUUAUCAACUCUAUUAUGCCAGCUUUGUAAAUUAAUCAUCUCUAACUGGUUUGCUGUAAACUUGCUGAGUACAUGGGCAGGGAAUGAGACAUAAGACAAUGUUGUUUUGUUUGUCCUAGUUCACUUUUAAAAUAUGAAGUUUUUGAAGCAGAUGUGGAGUUCUUAACAUUAAUAGACACUCUCUUAAGAUGCUUUGUAUGUUUAGUUAUUGAACUUAAUAUCCUCAGUUUGGGGAAAAGUGAUCUACAACUUGGCCAGCUUGACAAUUCUUGCUGUGUGUAUAUUUUGCACGGUACUUAAUGAAGAUGAAACUAAACAAUGCAUGACAGAUUUUUUUUUUGAAACUGUAUAAUGUGUGUAACAAAAAAAAAAUUGAGAUUGUUUAUAGUUAUUGUUUUUAUGCAAUACUUAUAGAAGUGUUGACAUUAACAGUGUUUUUAUAUUUAACUAAACCUCUCUUUGGUAGUAAAUGAGGUAAAUAACCUUUUUAAUUAAAUUUUAAUUAUUAUUAUUUUACAUUUGUUAAUCGCAUAGUAUUUUGAGUACAAUUGGGCGUUUGUAAGCACUUCAAUUAAUGUGACAAACUGAAAUUUAAAACAAGAAAACCUCCAUAAACAAUGUGAAACUUGUCUGAACUCUAGCUUUUAUUAAAUAUAAGCGUUGUCGAGAGGCCAAGUGCUUGGCUUGGCUUGGCUACCUAUGAAGGGGGCUUGAGGUUCGAAAAUUGACUCGAGCAGAGUUGUGUUUACUGAGCGCCUAAAGGCAGCUCAGAAAACCUUCUCCCAGAUACCCUCCCACCCACUGGUCCACAAAUGAGAUUUGACCAAAGCGCUCUGAGCAUGCUAUAAGCAUGAAAGUAGUGCUAUAUAAAAGCUAUAAUAUAUUUAAAUACCUUGGCAUUUGUUUAAACAUUGAAAUAUAAUGGAAGCCUGAAAUUAUUAUUUUUUUUUACAGUUAUUGAUAGUAAGACUGCAAAUUGCCAAACACCAUUACAGACAAAUGAGACAUAUUGUGGCUAUUGAUGGUCACAAACAUUUUUUGCCUCUCAAAAAAAUGGCCUUCAUUUAAAAAGGCAUUUUUUAGACAUUGUAUUUAUUUAUGUUAGUGAUGACUGAUAUAAUCAAAAUAUAUCUUUUUUUUUUUAACCCUAGCCAUGGCUACAUUUUACUUGCCAGGGGUUUCAUUAAAAUCAGCUGUUUAUUACUUCUUGGUACUUAACUUACAUAAUAGAUUAUUUCCUUUUAUCCUAGACAAUCGACAACAACCACAUGUUACAAAAAAUCACUUUUUCAAAUAUUGGAAAAAGAGAAUUGUUUUAAAUCUGAAUCUAAAAUGUUUUUCAGUUGUAAUCUCUGUUGUUUCUUUUUGAUACAUAUCUGAGUGGAAAUUCUUUAAUUCAAGAAAUUGUUUUAUUUUUAUUAUAUUUUUAAACUUUUACAUUUAAGCCUACUUACUUCAUACAUAAAUAUAUUCUAUUUGAUCUGUUUAUAAAUUUUAAUUAACACAGCAAAUCAAGUUAAAAAUGUAUAUAGUUUGCUUUUGUGUUUUUAACUUUGAGAUAAAGAGCUCCAUUUUUAGAGAGAAAAAAAGUCCAACCAAAAUUUAUUGAGAAAAGAAAAUGUGUAAAACUUUUAAUGACUUCUUGUGUGUGUCUGUUAAUCACAUAACUUGAUGACAUGAAACUGUAUUCAAGUGUUUCUCUGUCUUGAGUUGUAUUGCACCAGGUCCUAUAUUAAGCCUACCAGCCCCCAUCCCCUAGAUAUAACUGUCCCCAAUGCCUAAGCUAUUGAGAGCUAUGCCCUACUUUAUUUUUUUUACUAUUUUUCUCGCUCUAGAUCUAAUUAAGUUCACUUUUUUUUUCUUAUCAAUCUAGCUGUCACUAUCUCAAUCAAUAGAAGUUAAAUUAUUAUUUUUAAUAAAAUUUAGAAUAUUUUGAGUCUAAAUCAACUAAAAUAUCAAUUAACUUUUAGCAUAUUACAAGCCUGGACCUAAGGUAUACAUGCCUUAUUCGAUUUUUUUGCGAAUUUUCUAAAAUUGUUCUCAUAAAUCCACACAAAUUUUAUGUGAACACAAGCAGUGAUGGGGGCAGCCAUUUUUAAUGGUUGAUAUAAAAUUCACAUUACGCUUUUUUUUUUAGAUUCUGACGCAAUUGUUCUACAUAAGGUAGAAAAAUUCCACUUUAGCAGGUUCUAUGAUAUAGUCAUUUUAAGGAAUUCCCACAAAAGCCUAUUCUCGGGCUGGUGGAGUUAAGAUGAGGAUAAGUAGGUCAUGUAGUACUGCCUCAAGAUGACAGAUUUUUGAACUACUUCAUUCUUCCAUUCUGUUGUGACGUGACUCUUGCGAAGCAGGACGUUUUGGCGCCGCCGUUUUGGCCCCGCCGUUUUGGCGCGAAGGUCGUUUUGGCGCGAGCCGUUUUGGCGACGGGACGUUUUGGCGCGAAAUACAUUAUGUACAUUUAUUGUAUUAUUUCUUUUAAAAGCAUUAUUCAUGUCUAUUUUUUGCAUGAGUGUUUGUGUUAAGACAUAUUUUUCAGGUACUAAAUGUGUUUGCUUUUCACAUCAUUUUCUUUAAUAAACAUUUUGGCUUGUGUAUGUAUAUGUAUUAAGAGGCACACUUUUAUUUUCAAAAACGUUUUUUAAGAUAUUACUUUAAAAUUAAAAACAAAAAUCGAGUGAGAAAGGGGAGGGGUGGAGGAAAGAGUAUAUACAAGGAGUGAAAGGUGAGCAGAAGAGAGGGGGCGGGAUAGGUGUCGCAUGUAAUGACCAUUCCCAAGGAGAUAAUCGCCAGACGCAUGACGCCAACGACCAGUGCUCGGUGCUGGUCUUGUCUUCAUUUGUUUAACUCUACCUGUGUCAAUGCGAGAUGUGUCACCCAAACCACCCCUACCCAAUUUCUCAAAAUAUAUUUUUUCACGUUAGAGUUUGUACUGACCACAUUCCGUGUCUUGAUCUUUACUAUGUGUGGAGUUAUUGUCGUCAUUCAGCGUAAUAGACCUUUAGGUGUUAACAUGUUUUUUUGUUAUUUUAAAGUGUGACACUUAGCUAGUUCGUAUAUUACACUAAAUUUAAAAAAAUCUUUUGGAAAGAAAUCCAAAAAUGUCAUCCAGUGCGAUUAGCAGAACUCACAUAUAGCAUGUCAUUACCAUUCAGGAAUCUUACUUAUUAUAGGCCUAUAUUCAUGAAAUAAGCAAAACCUUUAUAAUUAAAAAAAAAACAAUUCGCUGAACGGUGUUAGAAUUCAUACUAUACAUACAAUAUUAUGGUAGAGUGAAAUAAACAUUGCUAUAAAAGCUACGUGCUUAUUAAAUUAUCGUCAAAUGAUAUCUGGCGCCAAAACGUCCCGUCGCCAAAACGGCUCGCGCCAAAACGUCCCGUCGCCAAAACGGCGGGGCCAAAACGGCGGCGCCAAAACGUCACGUACCGGGGACCGGACUCUUGUGCCUUGUCAUCAUUCGACAUUCUCAGGGCUUCAAUAUUUCUUGUUUUGCAUAACUUUGUGGUGGACAAUUUCAAGAAGAAUAUUUUUGAAAAUAAAUUAUUUUAAAUGUAACCUCUUGAAAUAACAAGGUCAUAUCUGAAUGUUCUUAACUCCCAGUCUGAAAGAGCUCAAACAGCUUAGAAAAUGCUCUCUAGUUUAAUACAAAUAUAAAUAGGAUAAAUAUACACAUUAAUCCUAUUUUAUUUGCUUUAAACUAGAGAACAUUUUCUAAUAAUAUAUAGAUAUAUAUAUAAUGAUCAAAAGUUUUUAAGACUCAUGCUUCUUUGCCCAUGAAAUAUUUAUUCAGCCCAAAGUUUCCAUUUAGUGAAUUUGAUAUUGGAUUUUAGAGUCUGAUGUAAAAUAUUUGUAAAUUGAAGAUUGAAAUAUUGGAUAGAAGUGUAAUUAAAUCGCAUGUGCAGUACAACUCAUUGUUUAGGCAGUCAGAACAACAUUGGAUAAAGAUAUUGUAAUAUACAAGAUGUUUGUAUAAACCUUUAUUGGCUCAACAUUUUGGUGCUAGAAAUAAUGCGCUGUAAUUCUGACAAUCUUGUUGCUAGAUUGAAGAGAACUUAAGGACAUUUCAUUUGAUUGAAAUGUGUAUCUUUUGAAAAGGUUGUGGAAAAGUUGUAAUCUUUUUCUUUUAUAAAGGUUUUUUUUUUUUUUUUUAACUUAGAGUGCAAGAUACGAUGUACAAAAUAUUAACUUUUUGUUCUGUGUCAUUAAAUAUUCUUUUUUUUAAAUUUAGUGUUUUGUAGUUUGGGUGCAAAACCUAAACAUUUAUUUCCAUGAAAGUUUGGAUUAGAUAUAAGUGAAUGUUUAAGUUUUAGUUAAAUUCUAAUAAAUAUAUACUGCUAAUAGUGAAUAUUUUUUUUUAAAUUGAAUAUAAGAUUUUCUUGCCAAUAGAAUUCUCAUAAGUCAUUUUUUUAAACUCUUCAGUUUUACAGUCUUAUGUUAUUUUGCUUUGGAUGUUGUUUUUAAACUUAA